AUGCCCAGUCUCGACCUCGAGAAACAGCUCACCUUCUAUGGUGCCUACCACCAUGAUAAGGUCAACAAGGGAAUUCAUAUGGUAUUCGUACCAAUAUUACUUAUGACCGGCUUCCUGUUCGGCACGAACACGGGAUCGCUAGCAGACAUCCCCUACCUUCCGCUCAACCUGGGCACGAUUGCCUGCUUCCUCUAUACCAUCUUAUACAUCCUCAUGGAGCCAGUAGCCGGCGCACUGAUUGCUCCGCUCUUGUUCGGCGGAAUGGCCUACAUGAAUCAUCUUCAUGAGGUCUACGGGAUGGAUGCGAAUAAGGUUGCUAUCCUCGUCCAUAUUUCGUCCUGGAUCUUUCAAUUCAUCGGGCAUGGGGCUUUUGAACAUCGUAGUCCUGCACUCUUGGAUAACAUCUUCCAAGCUUUCUUCCUUGCUCCGUUUUUCGUAUGGUUUGAGCUCCUCUUCUCACUAGGCUACCGUCCCGAGCUCAGGAGCAGAAUUGAGACCGCUGUCGUCAAGGAAAUCGCCAAGUUCAGAGCCUCCAAGGAGAAGAAGGCUGCCAACGGUAGCGCUACUAACGGCAAGGCGGAAUAA